UGGAAUCACCCUAAAAUAAUUCCGACCUCUCCUCCUUGGGUGAAGGUUCAUUGCGGUGACAGUGUUACGUUAGCUUUCCUUUGCAGCAUACUUCAACGUUUCAUCCACAAUGUCUGGCCGUGUUCUCGUUGGAGUUAAGCGUGUCAUUGACUACGCAGUUAAGAUUCGUGUGAAGCCAGACAACACUGGUGUGGUGACGGAUGGUGUUAAGCACUCAAUGAACCCCUUCUGUGAGAUCGCUGUAGAGGAGGCGGUCAAGCUGAAGGAGAAGAAGCUUAUUAAGGAGGUUGUGGCUGUCAGCUGCGGGCCACAGCAAGCACAGGAGACCAUCCGCACUGCUCUUGCCAUGGGGGCAGACCGUGGCAUUCAUGUGGAAGUGGCUGGGAAAGACUAUGAAACCUUGGGACCCCUGCAGGUCUCCAAGAUCCUGGCUGCUCUGGCCAAGAAGGAGGACGCACAACUUAUCAUCCUUGGCAAACAGGCCAUCGAUGAUGACUGCAAUCAGACUGGCCAGAUGACAGCAGCCUUACUGGACUGGCCUCAGGGCACUUUUGCAUCAGAGGUGUCAUUGGAAGGCGACAAGGUCAAAGUCGUGAGAGAAAUUGACGGUGGCCUGGAGACUAUUAAGAUCAACACACCAGCGGUGGUGACCGCAGACCUUCGACUCAACACCCCCAGAUAUGCCACUCUGCCUAACAUCAUGAAAGCCAAGAAGAAGAAGAUAGCUAACGUGAAGCCUGCAGACUUGGGCGUGGACCUCACAUCACGGUUGGAGGUGUUGAGAGUGGACGAGCCCCCACAGAGGCAGGCCGGGAUGAAGGUGGAGACAGUGGACGACCUGGUGGGCAAACUGAAGGAGACAGGGAGGAUAUAGAGGCAUUAGGAGUGUAAGCAGGGGAGCACAGAACCGAGCAGAAGGGACUCUUAAAUGAACAACUGGACCACAUUACAUAAGCGCACCCAGAGGACUAGCUCAUGUAUCGGCCUAAUCCCUCUGUUUAAGACUGUGACUCCUGAGGAUAUGCAGGGAGGUACUGACAGGAGAGGAGGAAUACUGAGAAACACUGUCCUGCAGCAGACCUAGACAACUCCAAAAGGAUCAUGUCUUUUAUGUGCAUCCUAUCAUAGGCUACUGAUACAACAUUAGACACGUAGCUAUUAUGCAAUAUUUUAAACCCAGAAACCUCCUUUCACCCAUGCUGCUGUUUGUAUUGCACUGUACACUAAUACCACCAGUACGAUGCAUUUCACCAACCAAACACUUGACUCAGCUGUUUAAUCUUGUAUAUCUGUUGUCUCACAUGUAAGGAGGUGCAGUUUUUUGUAAAUGAUAUAUGUAAAUAUGGACCCAAACAUGUUGAGAUGAUUCUGUCCUCCAAGGUUAGCAUCUCGUCUGCUGGUAAUGUGUGUAGUACAGUCCUCUGCCCAGACGGUGUCUCUCAGUGUGAAGGGAAGGUGACCAUAUAAAUCUGAAUUUUACCAUAAGCGCCUCAGAUCUCUGUUAAUUGUACAGAACAUUAUCUUGACAAUAAAAUAGCCAGUCUUUUUCAUAUCCAA